AUGAAAUUGUGCCGAAUAAUUACUUGGUUAUGUCGAGUACGGAUGAAAGACCGUUGACUACCUCGUCGGUUCUGUACGCUGCAGCAAGAGAAAUUGGAAGACGUUGCGCUAAAGAGAAUCGAGCUUUUUUGGAAUGUAAAAGUAAGGAGGAUAAUCCUGAAGAGUGUUUACGUGAGGGAGAAAAAGUGACGAAUUGUGUUUUACAAUUACUGAAGGAGUUAAACGCAACGUGUCCAAAGGAGUUUGAAGACUACAGUGCCUGUCUUGACCGACAAUCAAGCCAGCUUUAUCUAUUUGAUCGGUGCCGAAAGUUUGAGAGAAGCUUAGUAGUGUCCUGUCGUGCAAGUUUUCAAAGUGACAACCAGUCAGGGUCAUCCCUUGGCACUAGCGAAACUGCUCCAUCGCCUAAUAUGUAAGAGUCAAGGAGUAUUCGUUGUGAAACGCUUACUUCAUGAUUUUAAAAUUUUCCUGUUGAAGUUGAAAAAUCUUAUUGUGAGUCGACGUAGACUCUGGACAAAUAAACUUUUUAACUGUUGUUUGUUUCAUGCUAAUUAUUCUUUUCCACG